UCAGAAGUCUUAUGAACAUCUCCCCAGCCUGGAGGGCACACCUCCUUAUUUAAGAGCAAAAUCAGCCUCCUUAAUACAGUAAGAGAAGUGUGUGCUAGAACCACCUGCAGGAACAAAAUAUAUUUUUCAAGGAAUUAAAUUGUUGCCCAAAGUGCAUAUUUGGCAAAGGCAAAGAGAUUUCUGUGAACACACAAGCAGUCUAACCUCAAAGCAUGUUCCACUGCGGCAAGUCUGGACCCACCCAGCCCCCACACGAGACAGCAGCAGCGAGGACUGUGGUCUGCAAGCCUUCUCGCUGUAUGACCCCUUAAAUACCCAACCCCUAGUUCAAGCUUCUCCACACCAGCUGCUGGGGCACCUCAAAUUCUUCAUCUGUACAAUGCAGGAGUUUGAAUAACUAACUGGUUUCCUUUGUGGACUGAUUACAUCAGAAAUAUCAGAUACAUGAGUCAGAAUCUCUGCUGAGGACCCUAAAAAGGUGCAAUGUAUAGAACACUCAAGUCUGAAAACAGCAAAUUUGGGAGGCGCUGACAGAUGAACUGUGAAGUCUCCGAGUGUUAAGAAUACAGGAGUCCAUGUUUUACAUACCUCAGUAAUCAAGAGCCAUUUGUCAUCCCAGAUUUCACUGGGGCUUACUUCCCUCUUAACUAUUUUAAAUCAUUUCCACCCCAUUCCAAACUAUAUGGAAAAUUCCAAUGACCUACGCAGGUGUUGGGCGAAUUCCCUGCAGCACAUUUACUCAUUUCCAUCUUUGACAAGAACUUCUUGUUUAGCUAAACCCUUGUUCUUUGCGCUGAAUCUUGUGGCUCUUUCUCCACUUCCGUUAUGCUCUCAGUUAUGGGGGUUUGCUGAUUUCUCCACAGAAAAUACCUCAUCAGCUGACUGAGGAGGGGUCGCCUGGAAGUGGGCUGGGAAGUAGACCGAGGAGAGGCUGCGCCCCGUGGCCAGGUUCUCACGUGACCAGGCAAACGUGAUCACAGAAUGGGGAACGGGAUUCAGCGUUUGAAUUGGGGAAGCAUGGGAGGAAGGAAGAUGGCAAGAGAUGAAGAGAAUCCUUAUGGUUUCGACGACUACGGGCCCGCCCCGCAGGAACCCAGGCUGAGGCUCAUCCUGGCCGGGAAGACCGGAGCGGGCAAGAGCGCCACGGGCAACAGCAUCCUGGGCCAGCGGCGGUUCCCCUCCAGGCUCGCGUCCAGGUCCGUGACCAGGACCUGCGCGGUGGCCAGCCGGCGGUGGAACGGCUGGCACGUGGACGUCGUGGACACCCCGGACCUUUUCAGCUCCGAGGUGGACCAGACAGACCCGGCGUGCGCCGAGCGCGGCCGCUGCUACCUGCUGUCGGCGCCCGGGCCGCACGCCCUGCUGCUGGUCACCCAGCUGGGCCGCUUCACCGCCCAGGACCAGCAGGCCGUGCGCGCGCUGCGGGAGCUGUUCGGCGACCAGGUGCUGGCGCGCACCGUGCUGGUCUUCACGCGCAGGGAGGACCUGGCGGGCGGCUCGCUGCAGGACUUCCUGCGCGACACGGACAACCGCGCGCUGCGCGAGCUGGUGGCCGCGUGCGACGGCCGCGUGUGCGCCGUGGACAACCGCCCGGCGGGCGAGGAGCGCGAGGCGCAGGCGUGCGAGCUGCUGGCGCUGGUGGAGCGCCUGGCGCGCGCGCACGGGGGCGCCCCCUACACGAACGACGUGUACGGCCUGGCGCGCGCUCUGGGCGCCGCGGGCCCCGAGGAGCGGCUGGGCCGCCUGGUGGCCCGGCUCGCGGCGCGCGCGCGGGGCCGGCGGGGGCGCGGGCUGCGGGCGGCGCUGCGCGGGUGGCGGCGCGCGCUGGGGGGCGGUUGGAGGCUGGCGGCGGCCGCGCUGCUGGGGGGCGCCGUGCUGCUCUGGCUGCUGUUCCCCAGGCCGCCGCCCCAGGCCCCCGCGGGGAGUGUGGGUCUUCAGAAUGCUGGGAACCUGGCAAGAAAAAUGGAGCAUUUGGCGCUGAAAGGGGACUAAAACUUAUUCCAAAGGGAUCCUGUGGUUUCAGACAGUUUUAAUGACAGAAAGCAUCGGACACUAUCAAUUUUGCCAAAGCUUAACCUGUCCUCUUUAGUUUUUAAGUUUCAUCUUUUUAAGAUGUACUUUU